AUGGAGUUUCUGCCAGAGGCUGUGGGGGAAGACCUGGUGCUGCAGUGCCUGGACUCCCCACCUGAAGGGAAGCCGGGCACCCCGGGGCCGGUGGGAGAGGGGAGCGUUCAGAGAGCGGGGCAGCAGCAGGAUUGGCGGCUCGACAGCAGGUAUAGGGAGCUGGUGGAGGAGAACACCCACCUCCAGAGCGCCCUGAAGGACUUGGAGAAGAGAUGCAGUGACCUUCAGAACAAGAACUGCCUUCUGAGGAAGAGAAGUUUCCCAGAAGUGCGGGAGCAGGUGAAGAGGCUCAAGCAGAAGAACGCCGAGCUAGCGGUCAUUACCAAGCAACUGGAAGAAAGAUCCCGGCAACUACAUGAGACCAAUCUCAAGGUGAUCAAUACUCCAAUACCACUGCCCAUCCAGAGCUCCAACAUGGAACUGUGCAUGAAAUCGUAUGCUCAGCAAAGAGCUAACGAAAUGAGAGAACAUGCUAGAACUCUUCUGGUGAAGGAUAAGCAAAUAGAAAUCUUGCAGAAGAAGUUUUGGGAACUUCAGGCCAAACUGGCUGCAGACAAAGAGGGCUCAUACUGUCUCAGCUUCAGUAACUUAAGUCAUUUGAUGAGCAAAUCUCAGAGAGAAGCGUUAUGCUCACAGAGACAGAUUGCAGUGAGGAGCCUAAAGGAAUCUCUGAAUUCCUCCAAGAGUGUUCAAGAUGUUUCUUCUCCAGUCCGUCUAGUAACAAAGACAGUGGCAACAAGCAUGGAUUCGAGCUUAGAUAGCUCAUCUUUGUCAAAGGAAACACAAACAGAAAUUACCACAUUGACAAAAGAUUCCGAGUCAUGGGAAUCACUUUUAGAAAGUGUGUCUGGGAAGUACGAAAACACCAUUUUAAGUACAGAUCAAGUCAACAAGCAGCAGAGAGACCUCUACUUGGGAGCAGAGCUCGAUAAAAGGCUUAGGCAGCACAAAAACCUAGAACAAGAAGUUUCAAAAACGCAGAAGAGAUGUGAAGAGCUAGAAGUGCAGCUUACGGAAGCGAUGAAUAAAAAUGCCAGACUUGCUAAAGAAAAUUCUCAACUCAUUGGGAAGACGGAAUGGACAGAAAAGGUUCAAUCUGAAAACACUGGUCUGAAGGUGAAACUAACAAAAGUGACAGAAGAGAGAAAUUCUGCCAUCCAAGAGACAAACCAUCUUCAAGCCAAACUGGAAGAUAUAGAGCAUGAACUGAAAGACAUGAGAAAAAUAGCAGAAAGAAAACAACAGCUGGAGAAUGAACAUGAGGAAACAAGGCUGGCGCUACAGAAGAAAGAAGAGGAAGUCAGGCAUUUGCAGAAGGCUCAAGGAGAAGUAAAAGCUGCACACGAAGAAGUCAUGCGACAGUUCCAAGCCCAGGUGAGAGAGCUAAAGAAUCAGUAUCAGAAUCAAACUGAACAAUAUAAUGUGUUAUCUCAGGAACUUGAGCAAUUGAAAGUAAAAAAAUCCAACCAUAUCAUUUCCAAGCUGCCACAUGUCACAUGUUUUUCCACAACAACACAGACCUAUGCAGAGGAUGCCAAUGAUCUUUGUUGCAGUGAAAAUAGUUCUGACACAUUUGAGAAGCCAACAAAAGUCCUAGAAACCCCAACAAGUACCGUGAAAUCUGAUUCCACACCAGACAGUCCUAGAUCCUGCCAUAUGUCAGAGGAGGACGCUGUAAGUGAGAUAGAAGACUCAGUAACAGAAAAACAUUCCUUAAUUCUGGAGUCUUCAAGACAACAACCAGCAAAGCUUAGAGUAUUUCUAGCUCGAUAUAGCUAUGAUCCUUACGAUGGCCCUAAUAAACACCCUGAAAUAGAGCUUCCUCUAACUGCUGGAGAAUACGUUUAUAUCUUUGGAGACAUGGACGAGGACGGUUUCUUUGAGGGUGAACUGAUGGAUGGCAGAAGAGGGUUGGUCCCCUCUAAUUUGAUAGAAGAAGUUUCAGAUGACGACCUGAUGAUGACUGCGCCUCCAGACCCAAGUGAUUUCUUGCAAAGUGCAGAUCAUGAAGUGAGUUUUUGCAGCAGAAGUGAUCACAGUGGGGGAAAAAAUGAUGCUCUUGAGGAAGGAAUCUGUGUCAGUGGGUUUAAUGACAGGGCAGGAGACACAGAGAUUCCUCUUAGUCAUGCAGCCAUACCUUAUCCAAGAAAUCUCACACUAAUGAAGCAAUUUGCAAAAAGUGUUGUUAUUGGCUGGGAGCCUCCACUCGCACUAGGUGUGUGGGAGGAGGUGCAGAACUACAGCAUUUCUGUAGAUACUGAGUGUAAUUUCUGUAGCCAGAACGUGAGAUUUAGUUCUGAAACUCAAGCAGUGAUCAAGGACCUAGACUUAAAAAAUAAGACCUACCGAAUUUCAGUUCAAAGCGUAACAGAGAAAGGAAAUUCAGACAAGAUGCAGUGUACCAUCCUCGUAGGAAAAGACUUUCAUAUAGCUCCAGAAUGUUUGAAACUUAGGAGCAUCACUCCUACUUCAGCAGAGGUGACUUGGAUGCCAAGCAGCAGCAAUUAUUUGCAUGCUGUGUACCUUAAUGAAAGGGACUGUGACAUGGCAAAGCCAGGUGUCUACUGGUACACUUUCCAAAGCUUGCAACCCAACACUCAGUAUGAAGCAAGAGUUGAAGCUUGGCCUAAGGAUACGAAGUGGCAUCCUCCCCAGAAGUCAGGGCAAAAUUCAGCAACAGUUAGGUUUGUCACUCCAUCUGCAGGAGUACCUCACGCUCCCCUUGAUGUUCAAGUGGAACCUGGACCGUCAGUAAAUUCUUUGCUUAUCAGUUGGCUACCAGUUACAAUCGAUGCUGAAGGAUCUUCCAAUGGAGUGCAAGUUACUGGUUAUGCCGUUUACAUCAACGGACAGAGAGUGAAUGAAAUUUUAUGUCCAACAGCUGGAAGUGCCCUGGUAGAUUUGUCCCAUUUAGAAGUAUUCCAAGUAUCUCCGAAGGUUUCUGUGAGAACUUUGUCUCCAUAUGGAGAAUCUGUUGAUUCGGUGCCAGCUGUGAUUCCUCCAGCCUUGUUGAAUGCUCCCAGCUGCUCCUGCCUGCCUAAGUCUACAUCUGUAGCAAAUCAAGAUGCCAGACUGGCCAUUCCCUUCAAUGAUAACGUCUCAGAAACGAUCGAUAAUGACAGUUUUGGAAGGGUAUUUGUGACAUUUUUUGACUAUGAUCCCCUCUCUCUCUCCCCCCAUUUUGAUGCAGCUGAAGAUGAUCUGCCAUUUAAGGAAAAGUGAGUUAUAAAUGAAACAGAUUCCUAG